AUGUUGGACUACAUCCCGCGCUCGCGCGUCAACAACCUGCACCUGUACAAGUACAGCGGCACCGACAAGUCGCUCGUCUCCAAGUACAUCCUCGGCCCGUACUGGAACUGGCUUGUAGAGCUCUUCCCCAAGAGCGUCGCGCCAAACACCAUUACGCUCUCGGGUCUGUUGCUCGUGUUUGUCAACUUUGCCACGCUCGCCUACGUCGACCCUGGUCUCGAAUGCGCCACGCAGCUCAAGCUCGAUGGUGCCGCCCACACGCGUGCGUUGCACGCUGCCUUCCCGUCCGACGCCAAGCUGCUGCCCGUCGCACCGCUCUUCGCCAAUUUCGGCAUCCCUGCCGCCGCGGCCAAGGUCGACUUUGCCCCGACGGCGCACGCCGCUGGUAGGUGUCUGCCGCCCUGGGUCUUCUACACCUGGGCGUUGUGUCUGUUUGCCUACCAGAGCCUCGACUCGAUCGACGGCAAGCAGGCGCGCAGGACGGGCAUGGCCGGUCCGCUCGGCGAACUCUUCGACCACGGAUGCGAUGCGAUCAACACGACACUCGAAUGCGUGCUUUGCUGUGCUGCCCUCAACCUCGGCAGGUCCGUGUGGGCUCCCGCAUCGCUCGUCGCUACGCUUGCCAACUUUUACCUCACCACCUGGGAGGAGUUCCACACGGGCACGCUCUUCCUGUCCGCCUUCAGCGGUCCUGUAGAGGGCAUCUUGAUGAUCGUGGCCAUCUAUGCGCUGACCGGUGCGGUGGGCGGACCCAUCUUCUGGGAUCGCGGUAUUCUCAACGUCACGGGCCUCGCCAAGAUCGAUGUGGUGGCCGACAAGCUGGCGCGCUUCAAUCUGCCGCUCAACGACACGUUUUUGGUGUUUGCGCUGUUCGGACUGCUGGGCAACAUUGCCGGCUCGUACGGCAACGUGGUGCAGGCGCGCAAGGCGCGCAAGCAGUCGACGCUCACGCCGCUGCUCGGGCUCGCGCCGCUGCUGCUGCAGAUCGGCGCCAACAUUGCAUGGAUCAGGGCCAACAGCGCAUACAUCCUUGUGGAUCCGCGGGCGCUGCUGCCUUUCCUCGCUUUUUGGGGCAUCAGCUUCGCGUACAACGUCGGUCUGCUGAUUGUCGCGCACGUCACAAAGGCUCCAUUCCCGUACUGGAACAUCGCCAUCGUGUGGUCGGUGCUGGGCGCGAUCGAUGCCAAUUUGACGAUGCCCGUUGUGCAGACGAACCCGGCCAACCAGCUCGCCGUGAUCUGGGCCAGCCUCGCCUUCUCUGCCGUGCUGUAUCUCCACUUUUGCCACAACGUCAUCACCACCAUCACCACCGAACUCGGCAUGGCGUGCUUCGUGGUCAAGCCGCCCACCAACCUCAAGCCCAAUAAGGCCAACUAA